GUCAGAAAACACAACGUCAGAGGUCACACAGUGUAAUUGACGAGUCUUAAUUGUUGAUUGUCAGCAUUUGAAGUGUAAAAGUCUUCCUUAUUUUCAUAACUACAUUUUUAUUUAGAGUAUUGACUCCGCCUCUUUUUCCUCCCCUCGGUGUGUUUGUACUCGUUGCCCAUAUAAGGCGCGCCAGACCUCUUUAUAUGGAGAAAAGUAGUUCCACGUCGCAUGUCAAAUACUGAUAUUACUUCGCAUAACACCAUCUAAACCUCCAUUUUAUCCAUGUAUUUUAGACAUUAUGAAGGGUAAAAGUGUUUUCAGCUAGCGCGUUGAAUAUUUGAAAGAGCUCUGUGGCUGAAUACCGUCCAGAACUGGAAACUAUAUUCUACCGCGGAGGAGGCUGGUGGGGCGCUGCUCGGCAUUUCCUUAAGUGGAGCGGAGCGUUUCUGGGGGGAGGGGCUUGUCCAAAAUGUGUAAAAUGUAACUUUUCAAGUGUCUUCUAAAUAAGACUUGUGUCUCCCUGUCCUCUCCACGAAGUUUCUCCUUUGCUGCAUUGUGGACGAAAGGUGAUUACCUGGACACGACACAACAGGCGCGACUUGUUGCUAAAGUGCUUAGCACAGGCUAGCUGCUUAGCACAGGCUACCCCGUUAGCUCAUGUAGCUUUAUCGCUUCCGUUAGCAGACUCUGUCCCACCGGAAGCUCGCAACGCCGCGGGAAGAUCCGCGUUGGACGCCGCCACCGCGGGGUUUCUUCCUGCCGCGGGUGGAGCGUUGUAAAUGGGCACUAGAACCGGACCAGGACAACCGGGCAACGGAACCGCCACCGAGGCGGACGGAGGCCGGUUUGAAGUGAGGGAGUACGGCGCGGAGGUGAUUGACAGCGGCUCCGAGCAGGACUCCGAAUCCGGAGAGGAUGAAGACCCCCACCGGGGGUCAAGCGGGGCUAGAAGAGGUGUGAAACGGGAGAGGGACGAAUGGGCGCUUGCUCAGCAGUCCUCCGCCCCCUCCGGAGGCCUCAGCGGAGUUCACGGUGGCGUCACCCCGGGGAUGCCUGGAGCAAAGCCCGGCAAGAAAACUCGGGGGAGGGUCAAGAUCAAGAUGGCUUUCAUCGACAACAAACUGAGGCGAUACACAACUUUUAGCAAGAGAAAGACUGGCAUCAUGAAGAAGGCGUACGAGCUCUCCACGCUGACGGGCACUCAGGUGUUGCUGCUGGUCGCCAGCGAGACGGGUCACGUGUAUACGUUCGCCACGAGGAAGCUGCAGCCCAUGAUAACCUCAGAGACAGGCAAAGCUCUGAUCCAGACCUGCCUCAACUCCCCAGACUCACCACCGCGCUCCGACCCGUCCUCUGACCAGAGGAUGAGCGCCACGGGCUUCGAGGAGACUGACCUCACUUACCAAGUGAACGAGGCGGAUGGAUGCCCCGACAUCACCAAGGACCUCAACAAAGCUGCCUUCAGCACGUCCAAUAUGGCUUGCAGCACGACCUCGUCUUCUGCGACAAUGCAGGUGCAGACCAGCGCUGCCUCCUGGCAGCCGUCUUCCACCAACGGGGGGGUAUUGAAGACGUCGGCGGGUGUUGUCUUUCCUGCCGGCUUCACUUUGAUGUCAGGGGGCGGAGUCUCCCAGCAGCUGCAGAACAUACAGGUCCAGUCCAGCAGUCAGCCAACCUCUACCAAUGAGAGUAGCUCUGACAUCCACAGUCCCACCUCCUCCACAGCCACUGUGGUCUCCUCUUCCUCUUCAGUUGCCACUCACAUGAUGUACCCUGGAGGUCACACGGUCAUGUACGCCGCACCCACUCCCUCUCUGGGUGACGGUGGCCUCACAGUCCUCAACACCUUCUCCCAAGCAGGCCACACCCAGUCACAUGACUCUGCGUCCGUCCCGCAGGUCUUCCUGGCGUCCCUCCCUCCAGUCACCGCCCAGAUCCCAGUCUCUGCCGUGCAACUGCACCCGAUGGUUAUCAGCCAGCAGAGUGCAGGAGGCGGUGGGGGCAACCUGACGGAGCUUCAGGUGGUCAGCGUGGACGUGCAGCACGCAAAAGAAGACUGACCACUUCCGGUUUACGUAUCGUGUAGGAAAAGAAGUUUGAUUUUUUUAUCAGGAAAACUGUGUCUUUUCUUCCAAAAAAAAAAAACAUUGUUUUUACUA